UGUGGGUUGUCGGCGUUAUUUGCAGGCGAGGAAGUGGGCGAAGCGACUGUUGUCGGGGUUCUCCCCCCGCCUCCCCCGAGUCCCGUUCCCCUCUAACGGCGAGCGCUCCCGAUAGCGGCGGUUGCCGCAUUCGGCCCGGCCAUGUCCUUCAACAAAAUCCCACCGCGGUGGCUGAACUGCCCCAGGCGUGGACAGCCCGUGGCAGGAAUAUUUUUACCUCUGAAGACAAUGCUAGGACCAAAAUAUGAUGAUAAAGUUGCUGAAGAGUUUCGUUUCCAUCCCUCUAUGUUAUCCAACUAUUUAAAGAGUCUCAAGGUUAAAAUGGGUCUGUUAAUAGACUUGACAAACACCAGUAGGUUCUAUGAUAGAAGUGAAGUAGAAAAAGAUGGCAUUACAUAUGUAAAGCUUCAAUGUAAAGGGCAUGGAGAAUGUCCCACGCCUGAAAACACAGAAACAUUCAUUCGUAUAUGUGAACAGUUUCGUAAUAAGAAUCCAACAGAACUUAUAGGUGUUCAUUGUACGCAUGGUUUCAACCGUACUGGAUUUCUUAUCUGUGCCUUUCUGGUUGGAAAGUUGGAUUGGAGCAUUGAAGCUUCUGUGGCUACGUUUGCUCAAGCCAGACCACCUGGUAUCUAUAAAGGUGACUAUUUGAAAGAACUCUUCCGCCGUUAUGGUGAUGUGGCUGAUGCGCCAGCACCACCUUCUUUACCAGAAUGGUGCUUUGAGGAAGAUGAGGAAGAUGGGGAGGAAGAUAACUGCAAACUGGGAACUCCAGAAUCAGAAGCUUGCUCAUCAACUUCCUUUUCUGGCAGAAGGAAAAAAGAACACUUAAAGCUGGGUGCUGUGUUUUUGGAAGGAAUAUCAGUUAAACGAGUAAAUCAAGUCACAACUCAACCAAGGUUAGGAGAAAUCCAACUUAAAUGCCAACAAUUUUGUGGCUGGAAAGGGACUGGAUUCCCUGGGGCGCAACCUAUUUCCAUGGAUGAACAAAAUAUUAAAUUGUUAGAGCAAAAGCCAUAUAAAGUAAGUUGGAAAGCAGAUGGAACUCGGUAUAUGAUGUUAAUUGAUGGUAAGAAUGAAGUUUAUAUGAUUGACAGAGAUAAUUCUGUGUUUCAUGUGUCUAAUUUGGAGUUUCCAUUUCGUAAAGAUCCACGUGUGCAUUUAGAAAAUACUCUUUUGGAUGGGGAAAUGAUAGUUGACAAGGUAAAUGGUCAAGUUGUUCCUCGGUACUUGAUAUAUGACAUAAUAAAAUUCAAUGCACAACCAGUUGGAGAAUGUGAUUUUAAUAUUCGUCUGUCAUGUAUAGAAAAAGAGAUUAUACUCCCACGGCAUGAUAAAAUGAAGAAUGGUCAAAUUGACAAAGCACAAGAACCUUUUAGUGUGCGUAACAAACCAUUUUUUGACAUCAACAUUGCAAAAAAGAAAUACAAGCCUGGACGGUGUGAUGACAUUUUGAAAUGGAAGCCACCCAGUCUAAAUUCAGUGGAUUUUCGUCUGAAACUUGCAAGAGUUGUUGGAGAAGGGCUUCUCCCACGGAACGUCGGAUUACUUUAUGUUGGAAGUUUAGAUAGACCUUUUGCAGAAAUUAAGGUAACAAAAGACUUGAAGCAAUAUGAUAAUAAAAUAAUAGAAUGCAAGUUUGAAAACAACAGCUGGGUCUUUAUGAGACAAAGGAUAGACAAAAGUUUUCCCAAUGCUUACAGUACAGCGAUGGCUGUAUGCAACAGUAUACAACAUCCAGUGACAAAGGAAUUCCUUUUUGAAUUCAUUGAAAAAUGUAUGACGGCAACUCCAGGACAGCCACGUAAACAUCACCUAGAUCCUGACACUGAACUCAUGCCACCACCACCACCUAAAAGGCCUCGGCUGUCAUUAUAACGAAUCUCUUCUAACCAAGAAAAUAGUAGAAUUGUUUAGAAUUCUACAAUAUAAUAUGUUUGGUGUAAAUAUCCUGUAAAUAUUUAAGUGCAUUUUUUUUGGAAUGCCGCAUUAGGAACUAAGAUUUUGUUUUUUACUUGACAAGUUGAACAUUGUUUCUAAGUUUGAAAAAUGUUAAAUCUAAAGAGUUAGAUUAAAAAGAUGUGGAAUCAGUGGAAAGCUAUUGAUUGGUAGAUAACUUUCAAAUUUGAUAUUUUAUACCAGCAAUCUGGAACUGUGAAGCCAUGAUAAAAAUGCCCCCCCCUUUUAAAAACAACAACAACAACAACAACAGUAUUUCAGUGAGUGUGUGAAACUUAUUGCCUUGUUUCAUUUAGUUUAGUUCUUAGGGUCUUGUUUUAAGAAUAACUGCAAAUGGUAUUGUAAUGUUCUUCUUAAAUAAAAGUUUACCAGGUUUCACUAUUUUUUUAAAUACAGCCUUUUAUAUUAAAGAUAUUACAAGGUCUUA